AUGCCUGUUAUACAAAGAGAUACAAUCUCACUACUUGAAAUCUUAGAGCUGAGAGGUAGUCCCUUACAAGAUGCUGAAAUUUGGCACCUUAUGGGGCAGGCUUGUGAGUGUCUGCAAGACUUAUUCGUGAGGGAAUCAACGGCCCUGUCUUCGAAGCCACUCUUUACUAUUAGCCCAGAUUCAAUAUUAUUGCUUCCUACCGGGAAAGUUCGUUUCGAUGCUCGUGAUAGAAGUCCCAUGACCUCGACAUCGUACAACCCUCCAGAAAUCUAUUCACCUUAUGCCGACAUGUCGGAACUGGCUGUUGAAAAGAUGUAUGUUUAUAGCUUAGGUAUGUCGUUAUUUUUUGCUAUGGAGUACCGAUUAGAGAUACAGAAUACUAGCCCAGAUAAACAAUUACAGAAUCUUUUACUAUCAAUGUGUGAAGAAAGUCCUGAAUAUCGAAUAAAUCUGUUGGAUGUCAUUGAGCUUCUAGUGGAAGACACUUUAUCUGCCACAGAAUCAUACUGUUCCUUUACCGGUUCACUUAGAAGUAACGUAAGUUUUAUACAAGAAGAAUCAACUCCUCAUGGUAAAAACUGGCAGCUGCAGUCUUCUAGAAUAGAUGACGACGAUAAGGCGUAUUUGCGAUCUGAUGAACGGAGUUCAGAAAUGCAUAGUCAACAGCUUUUACCUCAAAUGACUCAAAAAGAAUAUAAACCUACGCUCUCAUACACAAAAAAUGAAAAUAUUGAACUGCAAUUGGAAAACUUUUCGGAGAUUGGGACUAUUUGGAAUUUAUCACAAGAUGAUACUGUAACACAAAAUUGGUAUGAAGAGUUGCAUAAGAAAAGUAAUGAAGCAAUACGUGAAACCAGUAUAUUACCUGACUCCGAAAUGAACUUAUCAGAAGACGAAAGAUCUGAGUCUAGAAUGUCGAAAGGAAAAUUUAUUCCCGACAAGGAAGAAGAAGCAAUUAGGAGCUUGGCUAUUUAUAGAGAUAACACUUAUAGAAAGUUAAGCUUUCACGAAGGCUUGCAGCUGACAUCCAUAUCUGAUUAUUCACCGAAAGCAGAGAAAAAAAGUCCAGUAACAACUCGAAACGUGGGAGGGGCUAAUGUAAAGCCCUGUACAAGUGCAUCGAAAACACCUCAAAAAGGUGAUUUUCAAUCAGAUUUCGUGGACGCAUCAGUAAUCUAUAAUGAAGAGAAGAAGCAAGUAUCGUCAAAGAAUAAUAAUGAUUUCUCAAGUACUCACUCUAAUAAUCAAGAGAAGCAGAGGGUUAAUGCUACUGGAAGAGAUCUAUUUGAAAGAAUAAUCAGAUACUUGGAAUUAGAUGAAUUUUCAUAUUUUGGAUUAGGACAUAUUGCAUAUGGAGAAAUGCAAUUUCUGGACCUCGACAAAAAACUUAUUAAGUAUUCUCCUAAGGGUUGGCGAGAAGGACUAAAAUCUCCCGAUUCCAAUUUCACGUUUUUCUUCGCAGUUAAAUAUUACGUAGAAAAUAUUAGCACUCUUCGGAGUCGAUUAUCGCAGCACUUUUAUUAUCUUCAGCUGCGUAGAGAUAUCUUAGAGGGUAUUCUUCAUUGUUCCGAAGAACCAGCAUUACUCCUUGCAUCUUAUGCCUUACAAGCGGAAACUGGUGACUACGUUCCUAGUAACGCCAACAACUAUUAUAUUCUGGAACAGUACCUACCGGCGAAGGUACUUCAAAAAACUCCAGCUAUGGAAUUGAAGCGACAGCUAUCUAGUAUGCAUUCAGCGCAUGCUGGGUUAAGCGAAUCUCAAGCAGAAGUAGAAUUUCUGAAGGAAGCCCAAAAAUUACCGUAUUAUGGCAUUCAUUUCUAUCGCCUAUACAGGACUAAAAAAGAUUCCACCUCGUCAUUAUGGCUCGGUAUUUGCUUAAGAGGGUUAAUUUUAUUUGAGGAACGUGGUGAUGCAAAAGCUGCUAUAAGCAGACACCCUUGGCAUAUGAUUACUCAAGUUUCAUUUAACAAAAAGCAGUUCACCAUCGAGCCACAAGGAACUGGGGUCACAAAUAGACUUACUUUCAAUACUAAACAUCCUAAAAGGUCAAGAUAUAUGUUGCAGCUCUGUACUAGUUUUCACGCAUUUCAAAUUCAGAUACGGUCAAAAAUGAAGGCGUUAGAACGGUAUGAAUCACAAAGAGACGCUUACAAUGACGGAGUAAUGGAUAGUAAUGAUAGGGUUGGCUCACUACAGAGCUCGUCGUCGACGUCGAAAACAUUCAUUAAAAAUCGCCAACAUCAUUUAUCAGAAUCAAAAAUUGAUGUUCAAGAUCAAAGAUCCACGUCAAGCAGCAUAACUGAUCUAAAUUUAGCGGUUUCAAAGCAAAAGAAGCGUGUAUCAGAACGAACAAGAACGAUUUCAUCUUCUAUUAGUAGUGAAAACGAAGUAUCUCAAGAUAACUCCUAUCAUGAUACUGCAACCAUAUUUACGGUAAACAAGCAAAAUUUUGCAACGUCUUCGGAAGGAAGUUUAAGCGGAAAUUAUGGUACUACACUGGCUACGAUUGUCUUAGAUAAGCGAAGAAAUCAAGAAAUUGGUCUAACUUUGGUCGAUGCUGAUUUAAGUUUCGGUCGUGGAGUGUACGUAGACUCUUUAGCAUCUAAUGGGAUUGCUAAAGUUAAUAGUAAAAUAAAGCCUGGAGACAAAAUUGUAAGUGUUAAUGGAAUUGCCGUAGAGAGAAGUUCAGCAGAUUUUGUAGCUCAGUUGCUAAACAACGCAGAAUAUCAUGUUGAAAUUCAAUGCUGCACAGAAGAUGUUAAAAAUCAUAUACCCAGUGAAAACGGUAAUUCAACCAUGGUAGUAACACCCGCAGACAGGCCAAGGAAAAUGCAGCUAAUGCGAGAGCCUGUCUCCGGAUCAGUUGCAACAAAUGCAGAAGCAGAAGAAACGACUGUAACGAAAUCUUACGCCUCUGAUGAACCGGAUACGAAUCAAAGCUCGGAUUUCCAGUAUCAGCUUGGAAAAAAACAGAAAAAUGAUGGUUUCAGUGAAAUUGAAGAACAUCAAGAUGAUAGCAUUGAUGAAAUUUUUGUGCCAGAGCCUAACAUGAAAACGCGAUCUUUUUCAAACUUCACUUAUUCUGGAGGUGUUAAUACUAGUGUAAGGGAUGGAGGCAUUUACGUUAAAGCCUUAGAUCCUUCAAGUGCUGCAGCCGAAGAAGGAACGAUAAAAUUGGGAGACAGAAUUUUAGCUGUAAAUGGAAUAAGUUUGAUAGGCGUUACUCAUAAAGUGGUAAAUUCCUUGAUCGGAUCUGAUACACUACAGAAUCUUAAGUUUUUCAUGUUUACCAAUGCUAUGUUCUUUCGUCAGGCUCGUGAAACCAUCAUUAAAUGUCCGGAAAAUGUGACACUGAUAAUUGACCGAUCUGAAACAGAGUAUUUAUCAUCUAAGAGCGAUGAAACAACCAGCAAAGAAAUUCCCUACCAAAGAGACAUGUCUGCUAACGUUGAAAUGCCAACGAAGAAUCCUAGCCUUUCCUCUAGUGCUGAUCAAAAUUCUGAUUCACUCGAUUCUUAUAAGCAUCCUCGAGCUCAAGCUUAUUACGUUAGUUCCCAAGAAGAGAAAAAUAGCGCUAAAUUUUCAGAAAAUGUGGAACAACCACAAAAUAAAAGAAAGAACUUAAUUUCAGCCGAGAAACCUAAAACUGGUUCUGUGGUACAAGAAUGCACGAGUAAUAAUACAUCGAUAAGAGUUUCCGAACAUGAUGAGUCUGGAGCGUGUGAAGACGAGCAAUUACAUCCGGAUUUGUAUAUAAAAGAAUCUGAAGAAAUCAGUCAUCGUGGAGGUGAAUCGGCCCCAAAAAUACCUACUGAAACCCAUAAUAAAGCGGAUAUUCAUAGUGUAGCUGAACCUUAUCAUGAAGGGUUAUCAGAAAGCAAAGAAACUGUAAAUAACGCCAAGGAUGAUGUAGAACUGAGUGUCCGGACUGAAACUCCAACGGAGAAGGCAAAGUUUGGGCAAGCGAAUUCCGAUGUGCUUGACAAUGAUUAUAAAGGUUCCACAGCCACAGUCAACAACGGUAACUCUGAAAACGUUAGCAAGAAGCAGUUUCGGAAAAUACCGUCACUAAAUGACGCCGGAUCAAAGCCAAAAUCCGAAACGGAUGCAAAAUCAAUAGUACCUACUGAUCCUUUGGUUAGUUCGAAAGAUGAACUUCCUGGAAAAAAUGAUAAAACUGUCGAAGCUUUGGCAGCUGAAGGCAAUGUGUCAGCGUUAAAGAAGCAACAAGGCAGUAAUGAGGAUAUCAAAGCGGAGCCACAGAAAAUCUUAGCGCAAGAGCCUAUAAAUACAAACGAACGCCCACAGUUAGCCACUACUAGUGCAGAACCUUUAAGUAAUAUCCGAAAUCACGUAACUACUACUGGAGUAACCAGUGAAAACAGACAGGACGAAGAUUUUGAAGAAAAAAGUACAUUCCGUGUCUUACUAAAAAAGGGCCGUCAAGGUUUAGGAUUUAGCAUAGCUGAUGGAAAAGAUUUUGGAAUGGAAGAUUAUAUUAUGAUCAACAAAAUAUUUCCACAGCAGCCAGCUGCACUCUCUAAUAAAUUAAGAGAGAGAGAUAUCAUUUUAGCGGAUGCUGUAGCACUACUUAGAAACCAACCACAAACGGUCGAACUGCUUGUUAAACGUUCAGAUGGUAUCGAUCGGGUAGAUUCACCUUUAGAUGAAACCGUUUCCUUAACUGAAAAUCACCCAUCAACUGCUGACAAAACAGAAGAACACGACAGUGACGGGCCUCAAGUGAAAGAGAUUGUUGGAGAUCCAGCCAGGGCUGAUGGCCGAUUGCAGAAGGGAGAUCUACUUACUACAGUUAACGGAAGAGAUGUAUCAUCGAUGACUCAAAGAGAAAUUGUUCAAUUUCUGCGCUCUGCAGAUAAAACCGUAACGAUACGAGCUAAGCGCCUAAAUUGUAUGGUAGACGUUCCGGUUGUUUCUGUCUCAGAUUAUACCACUAUUGAAGCUUUAAUCUCAAAAAAUAAUUAUGGAACUACCGGAUUUACUUUAUCACCAAUUAAUGUAGAUGAUCCUGAAAUUCCUGGUGCUAUUAUUAAUCAGAUCAUUCACGGAGAACCCGCAGAAAUCUAUUUUACUGAAUUUAUGAUCACAUUCUUAUUGGUAUUCUUUCUGCACCGAAGUGAAGGAACAUUACGAUCUGGCGACAGAAUUAUACAGCUUAAUAAUACUGACGUAUCAAAAAUGCCCGUCAAUUCGAUACGUAAUUACAUCGACUCCACAGACCCAGAAUUGAAAAUCGUUGUAGAAAGGCGUGUACAGAGCUCGAAUAGCAUGAAAGAAGAAAAUUCGCCAGUUCUUUCAAAGGAAAGCAGCAAACGCGAAAUCCCAAGUGAAGAAAGCAAAAUAAUAGAAAAUAUAUCAGAUAUAGAUGAACAAAGCCUUUCGUCGCCUGUCAAUAUAAUUGAAGUUGAAUUAGAAAAGGGAGCAACAGGUUUAGGUUUUAAUUUAAUGAGCGGCGAUGGGAAGACCAAAUUCACCAGUGGGAUCUUUAUAAAGACAAUUGCACCUUUUAGUGUUGCAGCGAAGGACGGUAGGUUGAAGGCAGGUGAUAAGUUGUUGAAAGUAAAUAAUGAAAGCUUAAUGGACGUUACUCAUAGUCAAGCUGUUAACAUCGUUAGAAAGGCUCCCAAGGGCAGGGUUAAGCUUACUUUAGCGAAGGUAGAGAACGAGUCGGAACUUGAAUUACCUGAAGGCUUGAAGGUUACAUCCCAGUCUACUUUCAUUAAUACUAAUAAAGUUCAAGACGAAAGUGAUAGGAUAUGUGAACAACGACCUUCAAUGGCUCCAUCUUCUCCUCUGCCUGAUAAAUUAAAGAAAAUGCUCGCUGAUUGGUCUAAUAAGGCUUCGAAUUCACGUAAAAAUAGUGCGAGCGCAAAAAAGCCGAAUGACGACGGAAUAACUAAGGAACCGAUCACGGACAAUGUGAAAAAACCUACAGUGAACUUUACGAAAAAGGUAGAGUAUUCAGGAGAAGCUUUAACCGAACUUACAAGCUCUAUUUCUAAAAAAUUGAACUCAGGAGCAAUUUCUGAGGAAUUUAAGGAUUUAAAAGGUGUUAAACCAUUUGAUACUUCGGAAGUUGGGAAGCAUCCAGAUAAUCGGGAUAAAAAUAGGUUUAGAAAUAUUCUACCCUGUGAUUCAAACAGAAUUAAAAUAAGCGAAAGUGAAGGCACAUCUGACUAUAUCAACGCAUCACUAGUUGAAGCGGAAGUUGAUUCCAACAUAUUCAGGAAAUAUAUUGCAUCUCAAGGCCCUCUAAGCGAUACGGUAGAAGAUUUUUGGCAAAUGAUCUGGGAACAAGCCGUGGUUGCUAUUGGCAUGACGACAAAAACCGCAGAGAACGGUCGCCAAAAAUGCUAUCGCUAUUGGCCAGAAUCAGCAUCAAAUCCUAUAAAUGUUAAAAAUAAAUUUGAAGUUCAUUUAGUAAAGCAAGAAGAAAGGGGAUGCUACAUUAUUAGAGAGUUUAAAAUGAAUCAAUUACCGUCAAAAUCUGAUGGACGACAAAUAUAUCAGCUACAGUAUAUCAUGUGGCCUGACCAUGGCGUUCCAGUUUCGCCAAGUGAAAUUAUGAGCUAUCUUCAUGAACUACAACGAUAUGCAAAUGAUGGAAUGAUCCUUGCCCAUUGCAGUGCUGGAGUUGGAAGAACUGGGGUUCUAAUUGCUAUCGAUGUAAUGGAAUCAUUAGUAAAAUAUAAUAAUGAGAUUGAUAUAUUUAGCAUAAUUUACAACUUACGAGAACAGAGGCAAGGAAUGGUUCAGACUAAGGUAUUUGGAUACUUUCUAACCUAA